AUGGACACCGAAAGCGUCGGCGACAAUCCCUUGUGCGAUGAAAGAAACAUGCUGCUUUCUAGAGCGAAAAGCAGCUCUAAAGGAGCAGUGUUGGCAACUUGUGUUUCCGUGCUGGGAACUCUUAGUUUUGGUUAUUGUAUUGGUUACUCUUCUCCAGCGUCGUACGACUUAAAGUCAGCAUCUAACUUGUCGAUUCGUUUAAGCCGCUCGCAAGAAUCAUGGUUUUCAGUAAGUUACCAAUUUCUUUACAGACAUUUUACUUUAAAAGAGUAAUCGAAGUCUAAUUUUAAACGAAAAUAAGUUAGUUCUCAUUUCGUAAGUAACCGAUUCAGUUGUAUCAGACAGAUAGUACAAAACAAAAAAAGGUUGGAUUAUAUCACAGGUGUCCCAAGCUCACGUUACGAGUGUGUUACACAUGUAAAUUAACUUUCUCACAAGAGAGUCGGUGUCGCGUUUAUACAAGCAACCGUUGAGACUUUGUAUGAGAAAUAAAAUACUUAGGUCUGCGAACGCUAAAUAUGAAAAGAAAAAGAAAACAACUUUUCUGUGCAGGCUAUGAUUAGCCUCAAAAGAGGCCUUAGAAAUACUACGUUUAAAAGAAGACCCCUUAAGGCCCGGUUCAAACGUCGAAAUUUACACGUGCCGAACCUAAUACCCAUUAAAAUAGUGUGGGUCGAACUCGAAAGUUCGACUGUUGAUAAGAAGGUCGAACUUUACAUUUGCCGAACCUAAUUCGUGGCGUAAAGAAAUAUCAUCCCUACUGGUUAAAACAGAGAAAUAAACAGAAAAAAGUAAAAUUCACCAGGCUAAUCCUGGAAAUUCUUUUUUUGAUUUGUGUUCUGUGAUGUUUACGAAUAUGUCUUGCAAGGCACUAUUUUUAUAUAUCAUGUCUAUGUGCGAUGAAAACAUCAUAAAUCUUAGUGCCUCUUAUACUGAAAAUAUUCUAAAUUGUUAUAAAUCUGAACUCUAAUUAAACUUUUUUACCAUAGUAGUAGCAUAGAAGCCGUACGUAGCCAAGUAAUUUUUCUUUUAUGAUAAUAUUCAAUAUAUAGUUCAGUGUAUAGUUGUUGUUCCGUUCUUUCUUACUUAACUUUUAUUUUACUUUGUUUCAUUUGUCAUUGUAUUGACUGUUUUGGUACUGAAAUCUUCAUGUCUAAGAUAAAGUCAAUAAAGUUGUUAUUGUUAUGGCAAGGAGUCAGCAGAGAUCGUGAUCAUGAGAUUUGGACAAAAUAAAGUAACGCCAUAAAUUUUAAAAUACAUUUCGAUUUCUUCAUGGAUAUAAAGAAAAGCAAGUUUUUAGAAGACCGUUUUAAGCUGUCCAGUUUCAGUCUAAAAAUCUACAACGUGAAUGCUGGUAACCGUCGUUACGCUUCUGUGAGUUCUGUCCGUACAGGUGCGAAAACCCACUUAAUAGCCAAUCAGAAGCGCCGUUAUGUUAAAAAUUACGUUAACAUAAUUUAUGCAUUAGGUUCAGCACAUGUGAAGUUCGACGUAUGAAUCGAAGUCGAUCUUUUGCCGUUCUAUUCGACCCAAAUUGUUGGUUUUCACAUGACGUCACUAAAACUCAAACUACGAAACUAUCGAUCCUAUCGAGAUUUACUUUCACGAUGUAUUAAAGCAGGUGAAAACUAAUUUUCAUACAAAUUUUCGUGUCAAAAGGGUUCUUGGUUUUGUGAUAGAGUACGCUUGAAUUUCUAAGCUUUUGCGUGACGCGGCAUUUACAUGACGGCCAAGAGAGCUGUCGUGUACGUAAAAAAAAUGAAUUAUUUCAGGGAAUUUUGCUAUCUAAAACAGUUCAUGAAUUAGAAAAAAGUACUACUUUAAUGUUUAAGAGUUCCUCGAAGAAUAAAUUCACGCUUUUGUAGCAAAACUUGGUAACAAAUGUUGGUGCCCGUCCGGAUGGGCACCAGCAUGGCGUUUCCAUACAAAUCUCUAUGAAUCUGGGUAAAACAUUUCUUCGGAUAUCUCGUAAACGAAAUAUUUCUCUGACCUGAAAUUUGGCGAGGGUCUUUGCAUAUUUACCUCCUUUCAUUUCCCCGAUUAAUAAUAAUAAUAAUAAUAAUAAACCCUUUAUGUAAAGAGGGUAGCACUUAAUAGCCAAAGGCUAAUAAACUUGUGGCCCUCAUAAAAUACACAGCUAUUUACAAUCUAAUAAAUAUAGUAAGCUAAAAUAUAUAAACAAUUAAAAUAAAACAGGAUUCGAAUUUUAUAAAAAUAAAAAAUUAUUAAAUGAUUAAAAGAUGCAAACAUUGUUGUUCCUUAAAAAUCUUGGCAAACAUGUUCUUUUUAAAACAUGCUACAGAAUCUAGUUUCCUAAUUUGAUCUAAUUUCAAUUGGUGUACUAUUCCACAGUCUUGUUGCCGAAACAGCGAAAGAGUGUCCUCUCUCUGUUUCUCUUCUAUAUUUAGGACAAACAGCAUUAAUGCUUGAAUAUCUAGUGUUGCGGGAGUGCCGCUUAUUAUUCAAAAUUAAGUGUUCAUUUAGAUAAUUCGGCAAAUACCCAUUAAUUCGCUUAUACAUUAUUAUGCAUUUAUCUAUCUUAUGUUGCUCAUAAAACGGAAUCCAACCUAGCUUGUUAAACAAAGCAACUGAUGGUGUCAUGCGAUCGGCAUAAGAAAUAACGCGUGCCGCACGUUUUUGCAACCUUAAGACCCUAUAAACCGACUCUUUAUCACAAUUUGCCCAAACAACGUUAGCGUAAGACAUAACAGGGCGAAUAAUGCUAUUAUAAAACUGAAGUCGCUGUUUAAGAGGUAGACAGGCUCGAAUCUUACGCAGUAUUGCGAUUCUAGGGAGGGGGCGGCUGUAAUAACUCUUAAACAAAAACAAAUUUCCCCUAUUCCCUUGGUGGGGAGGGGAAAGGUAAAAUUUUAGUACCUCAAUGAUUUUCUGCCGAGUCUCUAAAUUGUCUUUAAAUCUUUGGCGUUCAGUCACUAAUUUAAAUUUAAAUAAAAUCUUUCAAUGGCGCAGAAUUUAUGUUUGGAUUGUCGAUAAGUCACAAACACUAAAUGCCGCAAAAAUCGUAGCCUGCGCAGCAAGCGUAGGUUUCGUUAAGGUUCGAGUGAACGCGUGCGCGUGCACGAGCGCUCUAUAAAAACUUAAAACUCACUAUAGAACUAACCGGCGCCUGCCAGGCAGGCUACAAAAAGCGGGAAAUGGCAUGAAGGUCCUGUACGCUUUUAUUUCUGCUAACUCAUGAAAAAUGAUUUUUCAGUCCUCUCUUGCCGUUGGUGCCCUAUUUGGAUGCAUAAUUGCUGGACCGAUGGUGGACGUUUUGGGUCGUAAAGUCGCCAUAAUCGUCGGUGCAGUACCUUUUGAAAUUGGGUGGUUUUUAUUGAUUUGCGCUAAGAACCAUCUCAUGCUGUACUCCGGGAGAAUUAUCACUGGCCUUGGGUGUGGCAUUGAAACAUUGGCAGUUGCGGUGAGUUCGGAUUGUUUAUGAGAUAUCCUAUAGGCAGAGAUAACCGACACCUAGGGUACUCAAGCAGUACUUGACCGACAAGCGACCGACAACUGACCGGCAAAAGUGUCUGUCGAGUGGAGACCGAUACUCGGCAGUUUAUCAGCUGAAAGUUUCGGAUGAUAGUUCCAAUCAAUAUCGUUCCCAUUUCCCAUAGGUUGUACCGAACGCCAAAGUGAGUAGCCUCCCACGCGGGCUCCCACGCAGGUGUUCUUUUGCUUCGUCACGCGCAAGAAAGUGUGACAAAUCCCUAAUUAGAACGUGUGCGUGGGAGGCUAUAAAGUGAGCAACACGGGCGAGGAAUUGAUUGGUUAACUAAGUACUACUCAGGAGUCGUAAAGAUCCAUCAACUGAAUCCUGGGGAUCACUUUCCACAGAUCUCCCAAAAUGAAGAUCCUAACUUCCAAUGUUCAUUCUGUUGUAGGUGUACAUCACUGAAAUAGCCCCACCGCAUCUCCGCGGAAGGCUUGGCUCUAUAAACAUUUUGGCAGUCACAUCAGGCCAGUUUCUGGCUUAUAUCGCAGGGUAUUUGUUUUAUUGGGAUUGGCUUUCCAUAAUUGGUUCUUUCCCCCCAGCUCUAGUGUUACUCCUUAUGGUAUGGAUGCCAGACAGCCCGCGAUGGUUUUUAGAUAAAAACCGAAAAAGUGAUGCUUUGAAGUCGUUACUGUGGUUACGCGGUAGUCAUUUGGAAGUCGAAGAGGAAUGUCGCGAGACGGAGGAGACUCUAGGUAACGCAAUGGGUAAACAUAUAUCCUUAGAAGACUAAUUAGAGUGCUGGAAAUAAAAUGUUCAAGGACUACCGGUCCGUACCUUCCUGAAGCAGAUUAAUAUUACUCCAUUUGUCAUCGAGUGGGAAGUGACUUUCGUCGUGAGGACCACUAUUUCCUACACGGAGGAGAAGGGGCUUUAUAUUUCAAUAUUUUUAACAAUCAUUCCUCGAGCCUGAAUGGGCUCUGAGUCAAUAACCCAUGAGGCCGAAGGCCGAAUGGGCUAUUGACUCAGAGGCCAUGAGGGCGAGAGGAAUAAUAGUUUUAGUAAAAUCCAACUAAAUGGUCAAAAAUAUCGCGAAUUAAAAAAUUUUAGCUAGUUAAAGCUAGACUUUAAUCCUUUUCUGCCGCCAAAAAGCCCACGCUUUUCGCUACUAGUGGGCUAUAACAUAUAGCCUAGUAGUAGCUCAACCAAUCAGAACGCAGCAUUGAUAAUAUACCACAGUAGUUGGAUUUUACUAAUGAUUAUUAUUCGUGAUUAUGUAUUUGUAAGGAAUGACCAGGACUGAAGUAACUUUGUCGAUCAUGGUAAUUGGUUUCUCCUGACUACAAAUUGACCUGAUCGAUUCCGUGUUUAUAUUUCAGAACAACAACGAGACCAACGAAUGUCAUGGAAGGAAUUCAUCACCGCUCCGGUCGUAAAGCCUGUGUUGAUUGGCGUGGGUCUGCUGUCCUUCCAGCAGCUUGACGGAAUAAAUGCGGUGCUGUUUAACGCCGCUGAUAUUUUCUCCAAAGCGGGAAUAAAGGAACCGAAACUCGCUUCGUUACCUCUGACUGGAGUUCAGCUCAUUGGGAACAUGAUAACUUUGUUAACCUUGGACAAAAUAGGUAGACGCAUCCCAUUGUAUAGCGGAGCAUUAGGGAUGGCGGCAUCUCUUAUUGGAUUAGGAGUUUACUUUGAAUUUUACCAAAAGCUUUCUUCCAUUACCUGGCUUUCUAUAUUAUCUUCAGUUUCAUAUUGUUUUUUCUAUUCCAUGUCUUGGGGUCCAGUCCCCUGGAUAGUUAUGGCCGAGAUAAUCCCUCUCAGAGCACGGGGACUAGGAACUGGUAUCUCCACCGUUGCCUGCUGGGUAACGCUGUUCUUAGUCACAGAGACGUAUUCUACACUCGCAGGAGCGCUGAGAAAUCAAGGCGUCAUGUGGUUUUACGCAGGACUAUGCUUCUUUGCGUAUAUCUUUGUCGUUAUUUUUGUCCCUGAGACAAAAAAAAGGUCACUGGAAGAGAUAGAGUCCAUCUUCCGAAAUUAG